AUGGCUGACGCUGACAUCCUGCUCAUGGAGACAUCGGAACAGAACGGUGACGAGGACCAGAACGGCGCAGAGGCCGAGCUGAUGGCCGACGACGACAACCAGGGCGGAGACGACGGCAACAAGAUCGACGCCAGCAAAAGUGAAGAAGAUGCAGGCAAAAUGUUCGUGGGUGGCCUGAGCUGGGAAACCAACAAAAAGGACCUCAAGGACUACUUCAGCAAGUUUGGCGAGGUGUCUGACUGCACCAUCAAAAUCGACGCGGCCACCGGACGCUCCCGGGGCUUCGGCUUUGUGCUUUUCAAAGACUCCGCCAGCGUGGACAAGGUGCUGAACCAGAGCCAGCACAAACUGGAUGGUCGCCAGAUCGACCCUAAGCGGGCGCUGGCCAUGAAGAGGGAGCCCGCCAGGAAGAUCUUUGUAGGCGGCUUGAACCCUGAGGCCACCGAGGAAAGCAUCAGGAAACACUUUGGCGCCUAUGGAGAGAUUGAAACCAUUGAGCUCCCGGUGGAACCCAAAUCCAAGAAGAGGAGGGGCUUCAUCUUCGUCACGUACAAAGAGGAAGCCAGCGUCAAGAAGUGCAUGGCAAAGAAGUUCCAAAGCCUUGGGGGUGGAACGUGCGAGCUGAAGAUCGCCCAACCCAAAGAGGUUUACCAGCAGCAGCAACAACAGCAGCAGUAUGCCGUAGGACGCGGCGGUGGAUUCAGCGGCCGAGGAAGAGGCGCCCGAGGAGGUCAGAGCCAAGGCUGGAACCAGGGCGGCUACGGGGGCUACUACAACCAGGCAUAUAGCGGCCAAGGCUAUGGCAGCUACGGAGGCUACAGCAGCUAUGGCGGCUACGACUACCCCUCCGGUGGUUACUAUGGAUAUCCCGGCUAUGACUACAGCCAGGGCAGCCCCAAUUAUGGCAAGGCUCCCAGACGGGGCCAUCAGAGCACCUACAAGCCAUACUGA